CAAGCCCUUUAUAAUUGAGCCGCACCUUCCUCGCCAAAUCAGUUCUUUGUUGCCGUCCGAGAAGAGCCGCUGGGCCGCCGCCGUCCGAGAUCGCCGGAGUUUUCUUCCCAAUUUAUUAGUGAAACCAGACCGGUAAGCAUCACCGGGGAUUCACCGGAGUUUCAAGGCGAGUGAUUUAUCUCUUGUUAGAAUUGAUAAAUUUGUUUAUUUAAAUUACUGGGUGUGAAAAGAACAGUCUUUCCGGCGUCGUCUGCGAUGGAAACUUCGGCGAAAACCCAUCAAAACAAGAAGCAGAAGAUCGGUGAAGCUUCCCAUGAGUAUAGAGAAGAUUUGGGUUCCUCCUCAGGUGGGAGAAUGAACUUCAAGAUUCUUGUGAAAAUAAUAGAGGAGCCAGGAAUCUUUUUUGCAUUUGGUUCUGCUGAAAAUUACGGAUGGGUUUUGCAACCCAGUCUCAAUCGAAAGUAUUUCUAUUUUAGAGGCUUGCCGCUUCGCAGACUGGCUAAGCAUGCAGUUCCUUCUAAGCCACUGCCAUACGUCUUGGAUUCACCUGUUGAAGCACAUUUCAUGAGGGUGAAUGGCAGAAAACAGCAAGGGGAUUGGUCGUCCCUCCCGGCGCUUCCCCUACUGAUGAUAAUGGAUAGACUAGACAUAUUUGACAACAAACGCCUCACUGCUGUGUGUAGAGAUUGGCGGUCCACGUCGUUGCGGUAUCCCAAAAACAUGCAUUCGGUCGGGGACGGGGUGCCCUGGAUUUGGCAUGUGAAAUAUGGAAAAGAAAGCCAUUCACGGGAAUUCAUCUGUGUCCCCGACGGGAAUCGUAAGUUCCAGGUCGACAUGCCUGAAUUCGCUCAUUCUACACUCCUAUUCUCAAAAGGAGGCUGGAUUCUUCUCCUGCACCAAAACGGCAGCGUUGGCAUGGCAGGGCUUCCUGCUUUGCUUCUGGUGAACCCUUUCACGAGGGAUAAAAUUGAAUUGCCAAAGAGAGGAGGCAACAAAAACACAAAGUGUUAUGGCUCAUUUACACUAUGCGACUCCGAUGGUUAUCCUAACCGUGUCAUCCUCAUCACCCCAGAACUUCCUUUUCAGGCAAGUAUCCAUACGGCGUGUCCAGGGGAUGAAGUGUGGGCCAGCCAUAACUAUACCGGAUUGGAGAGGACGUUUCUAACAAACUUUAUCCAUGUCACGAUCGGAGACAACGUGUAUUGCCAAGACCCUUACGGCUACAUAUCAAUUUUCAACGUGGCUAACAACUCAAUGAGGGUUUUACCGCCGGUACCCUGUGGAGGUUUCAUUGCAGAGCAUGGAGGGGGGGGGGGGGAGUUGGUUUUAUUGGGGCACGGCAAGAGUGUGGAGAGGAAACACAAGUCAUUUGUUCUGGUGCACAAGUACAACGGUGAGUCCUCCUCCUCGUGGGAGAGGCUGAGCCGCGGCGCAGUGAUGGGCACGGCUUGGUAUCUGUGCAAUGGACAGCCGGUUGUUGUCGCUGCUGCUGCUGCCGCCAAGGGAGGAAGAAGGGGUCUGGAGAUUUACAGGCUCGUUCAGAGUAUGGAAUGGUCCAGGCUGGGGGUGAGGUCGCGUCACAAGUGUACUCAUUAUUAUGUUCAUGUCACCGAUUUGCUAACAGGGGAACGAACAACAUUCCGCCUUCCACUUGCCGAUCACAAGUCUCUUCUCUGGGUGGCCAUCGGAUGAUCGGCCGGCUCACUGUAAUGAGUACAUAUAAUACGUGGAUUAUGCUCCUGAAUAUUUAUUUUCUAAAGUGACAAAUGUAUAAUACAUCUACUUUUAUUUAUUACUCCUUUGGUCUCAAAUUAAAUUGUCUCUUGACUA